CCCGUUCACGAGGCGCGCGUCAUCGUUGCGUCACACAGAACGUCCUCGUGCUCCGUCUCCAGUACUCAGCAGUGAAGAAGCCGGUACUGACAGAGCGCGCGAACCAGCGGCACGCGAACACCAGAUAAAAGUUCAGCCAAGAUGUCGUACUCCGCAGUGGAUGAGUAUGAGGAGUCCAAGUUCCUCAGGAAGGCCAAGGAGAAUCCAUUUGUUCCUAUUGGAAUGGCUGGAUUCUUUGGGAUUGUGGCGUACAGACUCUUAAAGCUGAAGCAGAGGGGGAACAUGAAGAUGUCUGUCCACCUGAUCCACAUGCGUGUAGCAGCUCAGGGAUUCGUGGUUGGAGCGAUGACCUUAGGCGUGGUCUACUCCAUGUACAAAGACUUCGUUCUGAAGCCAGCGGAGGCGCAGAAAGCCCUGGAGCAGAAAGCUGUGGAGAAGAAGUGAAGAGCCGCAGGACUUGAUGUAGACAUAUUUUUGGACCCUUUUAUUUUCUUAGCACCUCAGAUGUUCCUUGAUAUUUAUUCUUAAUAUAAUAUUGGACUGACAUGUUUUAUAAUAUGCGUGAGAGGGUUUUAGAAGAGAGUAGUCUUUCUUGUCCUUCUAUUAGGAAACCAGGCCAGCAGCUGACAUUUUCCAGGCUGGUAUAUGACGUGGCUGAUGUGCUGCAGUUUACAUAUAAAUUCUUAUGUAGUAGCUCUAGCUCUUUAUGGUUCUUUUUUCGGGUUCUUUACUGUCUGCAGAACCAUUCCGGUGCAGUGAUGUUCUGAUAAUCUUUCACACGCAUGCGGUGUUGGGUACAAAACAAAUUUUCUCUUCUCUUGCUCUUCUGUGAUUUAACACAUCUUUUUUAACUCAUGAUGAAUAGAACGCUGCAACUCUCAUCCACAGUUUAUAUACGUGUGUAUAUUAGAUUAAUAUUGUCUCAUGUAUUAUUGUCUAUUAUUUACAUCCUCAUGUGAACAUUUCACGACCAAUAAAAAUGGUCCAAAAUGACUUGGAAUAAAAUCUGGACAGUUUACAGUUGUGUGCAAAAGUGAGUGCGCCCCUGGUCAAAUUCCAUGUAUUUGUCGAUUUUCUAAAUGAAGAAAUAAGUGAACAUGUCCUCUGACAGAACAGAACAGACUUCUGCACGUAUUAGUGCACAGUUGCUGUUUGUUUGCUGAAUUUAACAUAUUAGGGAAGAAAUUAAACAUAAAAUGUGUCCAGUGCAAAAGUUUGGGCACCUUUUAUAUUUUAUGCUUCAUUCUUUUUCAGUAUGUUGUGCACUAAAAUAUCAUAUCUAAUCGUGUUCUCCGUAGAGGAUGUGUUAACUUAUUUACCUCAAUGAAUACAUCGAUUUGCCUCAAUAAAUGCAUGAAUUUAACUCCGUAAA